AUGAAAGGCACUCUUGCCUCUUUGGCCACCACUGUGGCUCUAGUGGCAGCCAUGCCCCAAAAUCUGCAGGUUCGCGACGGGAUCACUCCAGCGGUUAUUAAAGGCAACGCCUUCUUUGUAGGCGACAACCGUUUCUACCUGCGUGGUGUGGAUUAUCAACCGGGGGGCUCCUCGAAGCUCGUUGAUCCUCUCGCCGACGCCGACGCCUGCAAGCGAGAUAUCGUUAAAUUCAUUGACCUGGGACUCAACACCAUUCGUGUUUACUCUGUCGACAACUCCCUUAAUCACGACGAAUGCAUGAAGGCUUUGGCAGAUGCUGGGAUCUAUGUGGUCCUGGACGUCAACACCCCUAAAUACUCGAUCAACAGAGCCGACCCCGAAGUCUCAUACAACGAUGUGUAUCUGCAGUACGUCUUUGCAACGGUCGAAAUGUUUUCAAAGUACCCAAAUACAUUGGCUUUCUUCUCGGGCAAUGAAGUCAUCAACGAUGGUCCUUCAUCCAAGGCUGCUCCAUAUGUGAAAGCUGUCGCCCGUGACAUUCGUAUGUUCCUUCGCAAGAGAGGACUGCGCCUAGUUCCAGUCGGAUAUUCUGCCGCUGAUGUCGAUACAAACCGCCUUCAAAUGGCUCAAUACAUGAACUGCGGCACUGACGACGAGCGAAGUGACUUCUUUGCCUUUAAUGACUAUUCGUGGUGCGACCCGUCCUCCUUUAAAAUCUCUGGUUGGGACCAAAAGGUGAAGAACUUCACUGGCUAUGGUCUUCCAUUGUUCCUCUCCGAAUAUGGCUGCAACACCAAUAAGCGCCAGUUCCAAGAAGUUACCUCGCUUUACAGCACCGAUAUGACCGUUGUCUACUCAGGAGGUCUGGUAUAUGAAUAUAGCGAAGAAGGAACCAACUAUGGCCUUGUCAAGAUCGAUGGCAACGAUAUUACGGAGAAGGAAGACUACACUGCACUAAAGGACGCUCUGAAAAAGACACCAAACCCUGAAGGCGAUGGCAACUACAACUCAACAGGUGGAGCCAAUGGCUGCCCUGCACCGGAUCCUCCCAACUGGGAUGUUACCAAUGACUCUCUGCCAGCUAUUCCGUCUCCCGCAUUGAAGUACAUGACCGACGGAGCGGGCCAGGGCGCUGGAUUUUCUGGUUCCGGAAGUCAAGACAAAGGCACCAAGUCUACCGGUACUGCCGCUCCAGGCUCCGGAUCUGCAUCUGGCUCCAACUCGGCGUCGACCUCCAAGGGAGCUGCCGCUAACCUUCGUGCUCCCGAACUCACAUUUACUCCGGUGUUAUGCAGUGCUGUAGUGGCACUGUUUACCCUGUUUGGCGCCUCUCUUGUUAUUUUGUAA